AGUAGACGGCACUCUGACUUUCCGUCAGGGUGUAUAUCCCACUACCUUCACUACACUCGGCGUCUUCUGCUUCUCAUUAGGGUCUGACCAAACAGAGGACCGAUUUUCUCUCCUCAGAGGGUGCGGCCGCCAUUGUCAGGCGCAUAAUCGUGUAUCCAAUUAAGCCUUCAUUCGCUUCACCUGCACUGAAAACAAGUAAGACAAAGGCUUUGCCUCAAAUUGUCCUCGCAGUUUGGCCUCGCUCUUGUUAUUGCUCGUCGAUUGAUUUUUGAUGGGCACUGAAUGAGGGGAAUGAUGCGGGAGGGAGGAAUUUGAAUGUACGAGUGUGAGCAAUAGGAGUUUGUGCAGGGCUAGUUGAUCAAAGAGGGCUUGCUGUCUUGCUGCCUUGUCGUUUUCAUUGUGCUGGAUUUGUCCUUUUUUUUUAUCUCAAUCGGUUUCUCGUGGAGGGCUGUAUUGUUACAGUUGUUAUUCCUGUGGUGUACAAGUGGGUAUUGUUGUUGUUGCUGAUAACUAGUGCAAGCAAGAGAGGGGAGAGAUAUUUGAGAAGAAGUUGUGUUGGCUGUUGGGGAAUUUCCCAACUCCCCUAUCCUUCCGGUGAACAAAAAGGGAAAGAGAAUUGGGGUUCGUUAACAAGAUCUUUACUCCGGACCAAUUCAUACUUGGACCCUAUCCAGAUCUUGUCUGUUUUCAGAAUAUAUUCUCCUAUCUGCUAGACAGCGAAAAUUGUCAGAUUCCAAUGGUCGGAUUGGCUUUAAUCUCCAUUUCACUGCCAUGGAUAUGCUGAAGGUGGAAAUGUUUUUAGCUGGAUGUAUCUCUUUAUGAAAGUUGUGCUUCUCUUUUGGUGUUUCUGGCUUGGUUAUCUGAGAGAGAGGCCUCUGUGUACUUUAUAUCGUUGUUUGUGACGGCACACAGCUUUGCUGAUUAAGAAAUUCAAUAUAAAGAAGGGAGGGAAUUUUUUGCACCUGGGAGUUUUGUAGGCUACUAUUAUAAACUUUCAGAAAGAUUGUAAAUUAGCCAAAUAGCCUUUUGAACUUAUGGGGUUUUAUGAAGAAAUGGGUUAUUCAGAAAACUUUGAUUAUCUAACUCUUCCUCCAGAAGGAGAUUCAAUGUGCGAAAAUGUCUGUGAAAAUGCAUGUGAGAAUGAAGGGGAGGUUAUGCAUGAUGAAGACCUCAGUGAGGAUGAAAUUGAUGUGGAUGAGCUUGAGAAGAGGAUGUGGAAGGAUCGCAUCAGGCUCAGGCGCAUUAAAGAGCAACACAAGGGAAAAGAGCAAACUGACACAGCAAAACAGAGACAGUCACAAGAGCAAGCUCGUAGGAAAAAGAUGUCUCGAGCACAGGAUGGUAUAUUGAAGUACAUGCUUAAAAUGAUGGAGGUUUGCAAAGCACAAGGAUUUGUAUAUGGGAUUAUUCCUGAAAAGGGGAAGCCUGUGAGUGGAGCCUCUGAUAAUCUUAGAGCAUGGUGGAAGGAGAAGGUGAGAUUUGAUAGGAAUGGCCCUGCUGCCAUAGCUAAAUAUCAAGCAGAACAUGCAUUACCUGGUUCAAAUGAGGAUAGUAUGAUUGUGGCUCCUACUCCUCAUACUCUCCAAGAGCUUCAAGAUACUACUUUGGGUUCUCUUCUUUCUGCUCUCAUGCAGCACUGUGAUCCUCCUCAACGGAGAUUUCCCUUGGAAAAGGGUAUUUCUCCUCCUUGGUGGCCAACUGGUAAUGAGGAUUGGUGGCCUCAAGUGGGCUUGCCAAAAGGACAAGGGCCUCCACCUUACAAAAAGCCGCAUGACCUGAAAAAGGCUUGGAAGGUAGGGGUUCUUACUGCUGUUAUCAAACACAUGUCUCCUGACAUAGCAAAGAUUCGUAAGCUGGUUAGGCAGUCAAAGUGUUUGCAAGAUAAGAUGACAGCUAAAGAGAGUGCAACUUGGCUGGCUGUUGUUAACCAAGAGGAAGCACUGGCUCGCCAGCAGAACCCAAAUGCAUGCCCACCGACGAGCAUGUCACUGAGUGCAAAUGCCGGAGCUCUGACAUUCAGCAGUAGCAGUGAGUAUGAUGUUGAAGGUUUCGAGGAAGAUCCCAACACCAUUUUUUCAAAUGAUGAUGUUCAGGAUCGCAAGCCACAUGACUUUGAUCUCUUCAGUUCUGAGGUACAGGAGUGCAAACCGCUUGACUUUGAGCUCUUUAAUGCUGGUAUUUCAAAGGAGAGGGUUCCUUCAUCUCUUCAGAUUGUAGAUAAUGUUGACAUGAUCCGAAAGAGGAAGUUGCCUGAGGAGUCUCCAAUGGAAGAUCAAAAGAUUUAUACAUGCCCAUAUGAGCAGUGCCCACAUCAUCCGAGGCAAUUCGGAUUUUUGGAUCAGAGUUCAAGAAAUAGCCAUCAGGCUAUUUGCGCUUACAGAACAGAUUUCCAAAGCAUUGGAUAUCAGAGAUCAGAACCUCAAGCUAAUAACAAUUUAUUCUGUAUGCGCAUGGGGCAACCUAACCAUCUUCAAGUUCAAGGUAAGGGAAAUAAUUUUCCAGCUAGGAUGGAUGGACAGGCAGCACCCAAUGCUACUGUUUCCUUGGGGCAACCUAACCAGCUCCAAGCUCAAGGAAAGGGAGGUGCCUUUGCAACUAGAAUGGAUGGACAGGCAACACCAAAUGCAACUGUGAAUCUUGGUCCCGGAAGCACCGCAUGUUUAGCAGCACCAGCAAAUAGUCAGCAGCCGAUCAAUGAGCUCCUUGCCCUAUAUGAUAGCGGUCUGCAUCAGAAUAAGACAUCAACACUCGGAAGUCUUCCUAUCAUGAACAAUCCCAGUCAACGGGAAGUGAACAUGCACCGAGCUCCUCAGGGAAGGGAACUUUUAAGAAUGACAACAGAUGAAAACUUUUUUGGACAAGGGGUUUUGCCCUGCAACAGUGGUACAGAUGCCAGUUUAAAUAUGCAGCAAUUAAUGAAGGAAGGUUUAAACCUUGAUCAAAGCAGGGUCUUUGAUCAAGGUUUUGUGCAUCAAGCCCAGGAGAUGAACGAGGACUUCAAAUUUGGGUCCCCAUAUAAUAUUGCAAUUGACUAUGGAGAUUCAUUUCCAAGAGUCCCAGAAGCAGUUCCCAAAUAUGAGAACCCAAUUUGGUAUUUUGGAGCAUAAUAAAGCCGAGUUAUCAAAAAUGGAUAUUCUGGAUUAAGAUAAAGGUUGAGUUUAAUACAAAUGUGUGCAUCAUGGCUCAUCUCAAUCUAUGCUCUGCAAGGACAUAUAAUUUUAUUGCAGUUCCUUUCAGUAUUUGCGUUUGAAAGAAGAAUGCACAUGCAGUUUUGUACAUUAGAAGGUUGUUUGCAUUCAAUGGAAUGGUCCACUUAGGCUUUUUUGCCUUCUCCAGACUAUCACAAUUUCCUGUACAUUUUUAGGUGGUCUGUUUUUGAAACAGAUGAUAUGGUUUCUUGUAGUUCUUUUUACUAGUGGAGUUGGUUAUAAUAUUAUUCUCCUUUUAGAGACAGCGAUUCUCAACAGCUGUCAUUCUAAAGAUGUAUUCAGCAGUAGCCAGCGCUCUUAACUUUAUUAUUUAAAAUGCAGUGUCUAUAUUCUAUAUACAUUGUAGACUGCCAUCUCAUAAAUGGGAGAAUGAUGAUCUUCAAAUAAUGCAUAUUUUCUUUCUCAAA